UGCACGGCAACAACAACGAAGAAGAAUCUGCCCAUGGCAUUAAUGACGUCACACGCAACAACCAAUCACUUGGCAGGGGCGAAGAUGGCGGAAUCGGAGAUGAUUGUCAGAAGCUGUCGAGAAUUCUGGACCAUACUGACGGGUAGAUCAGCAUUGCGAGAGCCAGCUCAGAUAGAGGCAGAGCUUGACAGACAUUGGGACAGACUGUAUCAAGGACUCGGUUACUACAAGCCACCCAGCUCCUCUUCCGCUCAAAAAGUGAAGGAGAAGAAAGAUGUUGUACAACCAUUGAAGGAUUUUGGUCUGAGGAUCAGUAAAUUCUUGGGUCUCGAUGAGCAGCAGAGUGUGCAGCUUUUACAGUGCUACCUACAGGAGGAUUACAGAGGAACCCGUGAUUCAUUAAAGGUUGUUCUCAAGGAUGAGCGACAGAGUCAGGCACUACUGCUGAAGGUAGCUGACUAUUACUAUGAAGAGCGCAUGUGCCUGCUCAGAUGCGUCCUCCUUGUGCUCACAUACUUUCAGGAUGAACGUCAUCCCUACAGGGCUGAGUACUGUAACUGUGUCAAUAAACUGGAAAAGGACCUAGUGAGCAACUACCAACCUCAGUUGGAGAAUCUUUUCAGAGCAGAAGCACCAACAUGGGAAACUCAUGGAAACCUCAUGACAGAGAGGCAGGUGUCUCGAUGGUUCUUGCAGUGUCUCAGAGAACAGUGCCUGCUGCUCGAGAUCAUCUUCCUCUAUUAUGCUUACUUUGAGAUAAGUCCACCUGACCUGCUGAGCUUCACCAAAAUGUUUAAGGAGCAGGGCUUUGGUUUGCGGCAGACCAACAGACACCUAGUCGACAAAAGCAUGGACACAUUGGUUGACCGCAUCGGAUAUUUGAGCUCUCUCAUCCUGGUUGAGGGAAUGGAUAUAGAGUUCUUGCACAAGUGUGCCCUGGAAGACUGUACAGAGCAGCAUGAGAUCUGCAAGGCUCCCGAGGUCAUCAAGGAAAUGGAUCAGCUGCUGCUGACGUUCGGUGACAUCCCUCAUUAUGGGCCGGUGCUGCUGGCUUGGGUCCUGCUGAGGCACACGCUUAGACCAGACGAGUCCAGCCCUGUGAUCAAGAGGAUAGGCAACACGGCCCUGCAGCUGGAGGUUUUCAAGUAUCUUUCAACCAUGCUGAAAGGCCUUGGAGUCUCAGGGAAUAAUUGCACAGCAAUCACAGCAAAGAUGUGCAUCUAUGGCCUCCUCUCAUUUGUGAUCACCUCUUUUGAAGAAGAGAGUUUACAGACUGGCGGUGUAGCAACGCAGUGCUCUCACCUGAUCGACGCUGCCUGCGAGGUUCUCUCUGCUCCCAGUCUGGCUAAAAUCUUUUGGGAAAUGAAGCCCAACAUGGGAUUGGGAAUGAUCCUGGACAGUGCAGCUGGGAUGUUUCCUCACAAGAUUGGACCACUGUUACAACUUCUAACUGCACUUCUGUCAAACAAGUCAGCUGUCAAAAAGGUUUACAACUUUUUGGAUAAGAUGUCCUUCUACACACAAGUUUACAAACAUAAACCCAAUGACAUCAUCUCCAAGGAUGAUGGGACACUGUGGAGGAGACAAACCCCAAAGCUCCUCUACCCUCUCGGCGCAGGGCAGACUAACCUGUGGAUGCCACAGGGAGUGUUUGGCCAGGUGAUGAUUGGAGGCGAGCAGGGUUACGUGGUGCGCUGGGACUACUCCUACAGCUCCUGGACUCUCUUCACGUGUGAGGUGGAGAUGCUGCUGCAUGUCGUUUCAACUGCAGAUGUUAUAGCUCACUGUGCACGUGUGAAGCCCAUCCUGGAUCUGGUGCACAAGUUCAUAAGCACAGACUGGAAUGUGUCAGAUUGUCUGUUGCCUCUUACUUCACGCAUCUACAUGUUGCUGCAGAGGUUAACAUCAGUCAUUAACCCUCCAGUGGAUGUCAUUGCCUCCUGUGUGAACUGCCUCUCCGUACUGGCUGCGAGGAUGCCUGUGAAGGUGUGGUCCAGUCUGCACCACACUGGUUUCCUCCCAUUUGCCUCCAGCCCUUUGACCAGUAUGGCUCAGUGUGUAAGUGCUGAGGGGAUGAAGGCAGGUAACUAUGGCAACCUGCUGGUCCAGAUUGAACAGCCCAGGGGGGAGUAUGCAGUGACCAUCGCCUUCCUUCGUCUCAUUACAACCCUGGUUAAGGGUCAGCUUGGCAGCACUCAGAACAAAGGCCUGAUCCCCUGUGUGUUGCUGGUGCUCAAGGAGAUGCUGCCCACCUACCAUAAGUGGCGUUACAACACGUAUGGCGUCAGGGAGAGGAUAGGUUGUCUUAUUUUGGAGCUAAUCCAUGCCAUUCUGAAUCUGAGCCCAGAGGGGGUGGAUCAGGGCAGCACUCCCACCCUCCAGUCUCUGUGUAUCUACAGCCUGGCCAACACUGAGGCUGGACAAGCAGUCGUCAAUAUCAUGGGAGUUGGAGUGGACACCAUAGAUGUGGUCCUGGCUGCUCAGCCCAGCAGCUGUGGCUCAGAGGGUCCCGGUCAGGUCUUGAUCCAGACAGUCAAACUGGCCUUCUCUGUCACAAACAACGUUAUCCGUCUGAAGCCGCCGUCUGAUGUUGUGUCCCCUCUGGAGCAGGCUCUGACACAGCAUGGGGGCCAUGGCAACAAUCUUAUAGUUGUCCUGGCCAAGUACAUUUACCACAAACAUGAUCCAGCACUGCCUCGCCUUGCAAUCCAGCUGCUAAAACGACUCGCCACAGUGGCUCCCAUGUCAGUAUACGCGUGUCUUGGCAGCGAUGCAGCUGCCAUCAGGGAUGCGUUCCUCACUCGGCUGCAGAGCAAAACAGAAGACAUGAGGAUCAAGGUCAUGAUCCUUGAAUUUCUUACAGUUGCUGUGGAAACUCAGCCUGGACUCAUUGAGCUUUUCCUCAACCUGGAAGUCAAAGAUGGAAAUGAGGGCUCAAAGGAGUUUCUUCUGGGUGAGUGGAGCUGUCUUCAUGCGGUGUUGGACCUGAUUGACUCUAAACAGCAGGGCAAAUACUGGUGUCCCCCGCUGCUCCACCGAGCGGCCCUGGCCUUCCUCCUCGCCCUCUGGCAGGAUCGCAGAGACAGUGCCAUCUCUGUCUUGCGUUCCAAGUAAGCUUUUCUCUCAUCAUUGACAACACCUCUCUUCGCCACCCUCACCCCACCUUCAGACACCACAGAGCCUUGUGUUCUAGAGACGUGCGCUUUUGUCAUGAAAAUCAUCGGCCUGGAGAUCUACUAUGUUGUCGGUGGCUCCUUGGAGCAGUCUCUAAAGGACGGGCUGCAGAAGUUCUCCAACAUGCGGCGCUAUGAGUACUGGUCCCAGUAUGUCAAGUCUCUUGUGUGCUAUGUGACAGAGAUGGAAGAGGAAGGCAUCUGCUACCUGCCAGAGACCCAGAUAUUGAUAUCUGCUUGGCGGAUGCUGCUAAUUCUUUCCACUAGCCAUUCUGGUGUGAUGCAGCUAACAGAGGAUUCAACCAAACUGAAGCUUUUCAUGGACGUCCUAGAUGGGACUAAAGCUGCUUUAACAACACCCACGUCUGUGCCUUGUCUUCGUCUUGGAUCCAUGAUGGCCACUCUUCUGCUCAUCCUCCUCAGUCAGUGGAGAAGCGUGGUAGCAACAGCUCCUGACAUCCUGUCUCCCCUCUCUCUGAUCCUGGAGAGUGUCCUCCAAGCUGACCAGCAGAUGGAGAAGACCAAAGCCAAAAUCUUCUCCGCUCUUAUUUCAGUGCUGCAGAUUCAGGGACUCAAUAGUGGGGACAUUUCCCAGCUUCCCCAGCUGCUGUCAUGUGUGUGCGAGACGGUAAAAGAUGAGGCCCUGGCACUCGCUGACAAUACUCGUCGCCUAAACCAGAUGGGUGACACAAUGGAGGAUGAGGACAGCAUGGAGACAGACUCUCCCCGCGGCCCACAGAAGGACCAGAGAGACGGGGUGUGUGUGCUAGCACUGCACUUGGCAAAGGAGCUGUGUCGCACUGAUGAGGACGGUGAGCACUGGGUGUCUGUGAUAAGGAAGGUUCCGGUCCUCCCCUCUGUGCUCAGCGCUGUGGAGCUCAGCCUCCGAUGCAAACACAACCUCUACUUCACCGAGGCUGCACUUCACCUGCUGCUCACACUGGCCCGCACUCCUCAGGGGGCAGCAGCCGUUGCUGGGGCAGGAGUCAUCCAGACGAUCUGCCUCCCUCUUCUUGGUGUCUAUGAGGUCUCUUCAAACGGAUCAUCACAGAGUUUCUCCCGCAAGUCCCAGGACUCUGCCUGUUGGCCAGGGGUGUACCGCCUCUGCAUGUCCUUAAUGGAGAGUCUGAUCAAGACUCUGCGCUACAACUUCAUCAACGAAGCCCUGGACUUUGUAGGAGUACAUCAAGAACGCAUACUGCAGUGUCUGAACGCAGUGCGAACAGUGCAGAGCCUGGCGUGUUUGGAUGAGGCCGACCACACGGUUGGUUUCCUGCUGCAGCUCUCAAGCUUCUGUAAAGAGUGGCAGUUUCACCUGCCCAGACUGCUCCGAGAUGUACAGGUAAAUCUGUGUUAUCUGUGCCAGACCUGCACGUACCUGCUCCACAGCAAGAAGAUGCUCCAUCACUUCCUCCAGACUAAAAACGGAGAGGCACUGCCCCCUGGUCCCCUACCCAGGACGCAGCGGCCCCCACAGACCCCGUCUAAACAGGCAGCAGGUGGUGGGGAGAGAGAGGAGGCCGAGCAGAAGGCUCUGCUGGCAGUGCAGUGCAGUCUGCUGAAGAUCCUCAGCAAAACCCUGGCAACCCUGCAGCACUUCACACCAGACUGCUGCCAGAUACUCCUGGACCAGUGUAUGGACCUGGCAGAGUACAGGACCCUGUUUGUGCUCAGCUUCACAACUCCAGCGUUUGACCCUGACGUGGCUCCUUCAUUUGGAACCCUGCUGGCCACCAUCAACGUGGCCCUGAGCAUGCUGAGUGAGAUGGAGAAGAAGAAAGAGCCAGUUUCCCUCAGUAUAGCUUCACUAGCUUCACCAGAGGAGUUACAAGCUCUGAGGUCGUUGCUGAUGUUCACCAUGGAGAACUGUUUCUACGUCCUCAUCUCUCAGGCUGUUCGCUGUCUCAAAGACCCCUCCAUCCUCCCUCGAGACAAACAAAGGCUCAAGCAAGAGCUCAGCUCUGAACUGAGCACUCUUCUCUCGAGCCUGUCCCGCCACUUCCGCAGGGGCUCGCCCUCGUCUCCGGCCACCCAGUCCAAACCGCCCACACCGGGCUCCAAGGUGAGCCACGAAGGUCAGGAGCCGAUCAUCCAACUAGUCCAGGCCUUUGUCAGACUUGUGCAGAGAUGAAUGUAAUUUCCAGCACAAGAUGCAGAGCCACCCCCCCAUGCAAAUACUCACUGUUCAGUUACAAAACAAACAUUGUUUUUACAUCUUCAAUAGUACAAACAGAAAACGUUAACUUUGUGUACAGUUAGUCCUUCAAAUGGCACAGAUUUCUGACCUGGAGUUUAAUCUAAUGGCCUAACUCUUUGGUUGUGGUCAAAUACAGUUAUAACAAAGUG